UGUCGUCAUCGUCAUUUGACCAGCGUACGUUGCGGUUGAUGCACGUGUCGAUAUUUUUUACAUCUAUAUAAGUUUUAAAUAGUUUAGCUGACCGUGAGUUGUAAUAUUCAUACUAUCUUUGCUCAUUUUUAAACUUGUUUCAACCCGACUUAUCAUUUACAAUGUCUAUGGAUAAGGGCUUUUCAACAAGAGCUAUACAUGCUGGACAAAGCCCGUUACAAUGGACUCAUUGUUCAGUGGUACCUCCUAUUGUAAUGUCAACUACUUUUCAUCAGGAUGGACCUGGAGAACAUAGAGGUUUUGAAUAUGGGAGAAGUGGUAAUCCUACAAGAUGUGUUCUGGAGACAUGCUUAGCUGCUUUAGAUGAUGGAAAACAUGGAAUGGUUUUUUCAUCUGGUUUAGGUGCACUAACAACAAUUGCUUCGUUAUUAAAAGCAGGAGAACAUAUCAUAUCUGGAGAUGAUGUCUAUGGUGGGACGAACCGCUAUUUUCAAAAAUGUUUAACCUUGCAUAAUAUUGAAGUAACAUUUGUAGAUAUGACAGAUCUAAAUAAUGUUGCAGCUGCUAUAAAACCAAAUACAAAGAUGGUUUGGUUCGAGACACCUACUAACCCUCUACUUAAGUUAAUUGAUAUCAAGGCAAUAACUGAUUUAAUCAAACAAAAAGAUCCUGAAAUUAUCACAGUGAUAGACAAUACUUUUCUAACAUGUUACUUUCAGAAACCAUUAGAAUUAGGUGCAGAUAUUGUAGUAUAUUCCCUAACAAAAUAUAUGAAUGGACAUUCGGAUGUUAUUAUGGGUGCAGCAAUUACAAAUAGAGAUGAUAUUGAAAAAAGACUUCGAUUUUUACAAAACGCCUUAGGUAUUGUACCAUCACCUUUUGACUGUGCUAUGGUUAACCGUAGUCUAAAAACAUUAGAGCUUAGAAUGCAGCAGCAUAUGAAGAAUGGAUUAGCAGUUGCCAAAUUUUUGGAGUCUAGUCCUUACGUAGAGAAAGUAAUUCACCCGUAUCUUCCUUCUCAUCCACAGUAUGAGCUUAGUCUUAGACAAACAUCAGGUUAUAGUGGAAUGGUUUCAUUUUAUCUUAAAGGCGAUAGUAGGAAGUUUUUGAGGGCGCUAAAAUUGUUUACAUUAGCAGAAUCACUUGGUGGCUAUGAAUCCCUUGCCGAAUUGCCAUCCAUUAUGACUCACUCAUCAGUUCCUGAAACAGUCAGAGCAGCAUUAGGCAUUAAUGAUCAAUUAAUUCGGCUGUCUGUUGGUCUCGAAACAGAACGAGAUAUUUUAGCUGAUCUUGAUCAAGCUCUUAAAGCUUGUCAAUAAACACACUAAUCAGUGAGAAUAAUACGAAUGAACAGUGCAUUAAUAUCACUGGAACUUUAUAAGCUCUACGAGGAGUUAUCAAUAGUGUACAAUUGUAAUUGUUACUUUUUAUACGGUUAACUUGACGUUUUGAAAAAAUUUAUUAUUUAAAUUUUAACAUUCCUACAUAAUAAUAUUAACCCGUCGCACUCUAAUACGACUUAUGCUGUUGCAAUUGUGAGUGCAAAGGGUUACUGAUACUUCACAUGAAAGAACUAGAUCCAAAAUAGUUUCUUAUUGAAGAAAAAACUUAUUUUCCUAAUUAUCUAUAUAUAAUAUAUAUUUAUGUAAUUUAUAUUCAGCAAAAUCUCGUACAGUUGAAACUAAAAUUAAAAAAGGGUUUGUGAUAAUCAUAUAUUGAAGUUUUUGAAGUAAAUUAUGCAUCAGAAAC